AUGUUCGAAAAUUCAAGUUGGAGAGGUGGCAAUGAACCGCCUGGCCAGUCAUGGAGAACUAGCGACGUUCCUCAUCCAUCACAAGACCGGCAAUCAAUACCAUCACUAAUGGAUCCUCCGGAGGUAGUGGAAUUGAAGAAAAAGAUAGAAGACUUACGGCAGAAAAUAGUGGAUAGUGAGCAGAAUCUAAACGCUCAUAAAGAUGGAAUGGACAACUUGAUUAUGGCUCAUCUAAAGUCGACAAUUCGGGCGGCGGAAACACAGAAGAUUGAUGAAUUACUGACUGAUCACAAUCUGAACAUAGAAGAACUGAAUCGGUUUUUAGACGCAAUGUCCACAGCUAAAUGUUCGAAGGAUUUGAUCUCACAAGCAAAGAGAUGGAUUUUCGAGAACUGCACCAGCGAUCAGUUGAGAGAAAUAAUAUUGUUAUUUCUUUUGAACAAAGUCAAAGAUGAAGCUUCUGGAGAGUGGCUACGGCUGCACAUUCUGUAUCUUAUCAACGAUUGGGCAUUCCAUUGUCAACGGAAAAAAGAGGAAAAUCAAAUGAAAAUGCUGACUCGAUAUGUACCAAAGAUGUACGCUUAUUGUAUAGAGCUCUCAUCUUCUAGUGAAUUGAGCAAUAAGUUAGAGGGAAAACUACUAGGAGAAUGGGAAGGAAGAGGAUACUUCACGGAUGCUGUGUUCAAGCAAUUACGAAAUACAGUCCAAAUUGUGAGCACUGAUCGGGAAAUUGAAAGAUCUUCUUAUGGAGCAGCUCGAGAAUCGAUCCGAAGUAAUUUACUUGCGACGUUCGAAGCUUAUGAGCAGCAACAUUUGACCUAUGCAAAACAUAUACAGAAGCAAAUUGAAGAUGCGGAGCGGAAGAUAGAAGAGUUCCGUCAUGGCCCAUCCUGCGGUCCCGCUCCUCAGCUAUCUCAUGGUCCACCGUCAAGAAGGUCAAGAUUCGAUCAGGCUCCUAGUGUCGACAGUCGAUCUUAUUCACAAAACCCUCCACCACAUUCUAAUUCGUGGCAAAGAGAUGAACCUGACGGCGAGGAUAUCGAUGGAAUGCCGUUCGAGGAAGAGUCGCUGAAGCCAAAAAAGUCGUACAUGGCACUACCAGCUGGAAUCAUGACUCCUCUUGUGCCUAUGGAUAUGUUUGAGUAUAAGUCGUUGGAUCCAGAGAAACUCGAAAUGCCUGCAGCUGUUCCCCCAUCUUCCAGACUAUUUGCUGCCAAGAAUAUGUUCCGUAAAGGAAUCGAAAUGGAUAUGACUUUGGCUGAUGGAGCAAUGGCUGAAGAUGAAAAUCUCUUGAAGUACCCACUUGAAUUCCUCGAAAGAAAAUCAGCAACCAGAAAAAAGUUCCUGGAAGAGGAAAGAUGUUCAAUAGAAGAAAUAAUCAUAAACAAACCAAACAAAGAGGAGCAAGAACUAUUCAAAAAUGCUCGCAAGCUGAAAGAAGAAGAACAAAUCAGAAAAAUUAGAGCAUCGGUGGACUCCUAUUACGCAACUCAGGAACCACCCGAGAAUCUCAGGGAAGGAUCACCUGGCAGAAGGUCAACAUCAAGAUCACCAGAAAGAAGGUCGCCAUCAAGAAGUCCUAGUCCCAGAAGACGUCGUCGUUCUCCGUCUAGUUCUUCAGGAUCAUCAUCUUCUGGAACCUCUUCAUCUUCAUCCAGUCGACGGUCAUCACCAGAUAGGGGAAGAGAUAGAGGAGGGUUCGAACCAAGAAGAGGAUUCAGCGGAGGAGGUUUUCAAGAUAGACCAUCCUUUGGAUUCCGACCAGCGAAUGAGCCACUUUCGAGUGAUAACAAAGGUGCACAACUAAUGGCAAAAAUGGGUUGGACCAGUGGAAAAGGGCUAGGAUCUAAUGAAAGUGGAAUCGUUGAUCCAGUAUCAGGAGGAGAAGUCCGUGAUCGCAACGAACAGUUUAUGGGUCUUGGACGAACGUUGGAUCCAUAUGAGCAAUUCCGAAAACAACGAUCUGGCACUUAUCAUGAACGAGGAGUUUUUCAUCGAAAAUAG